CCAUGGAAACCACUUUUACACCAUACGGAGAAUAGAAAAGUUAAUAUUGGCUGCCCUCCAGUGGGUGGAAGUGUUAGUGCAGGAUGUCGGAUUACUGUUUUAUUUCAGCUUCAAACAUUCUUAUAUUUGUUUCUGAAUUCAUGUUUCUGUUUUCUUUAAAGUAAACGCAAUCCUAAGAGUUUGAUAAAGUGUUUCAUUGUGCAGUAUUACUGCAUUGUACCGUUGUUGUGCUCAAAUUACAAAAGGCACUUUAAAUAACCAGGUAAUAAAACGACACAGUAGCCUACAAAAAAUCUGCUCAAUGCACCCAUAUGGUAACAGCUCAUUAAUGUUACUGAUGGGUUGAGCUAAACCGGCUGAAAGUCUCUUACACAAAUUGCUGUUGAGCAGGCAAGAGUCGGGAAUUACGAAUAAUACACAGCGCCUGUUGUUUGUUUUUUUUGUUUUGUUUUGUUUUUAAUAUACAGAAAACCUUUUUUAUUUUAUUUACCACAGACUCACAUGUUUCCAGCCGAUGCACUUGUGUAAUUAACUAACAUUUUGGACAAAGUGCUGCACCUUUUACAAUACUUUUUAACCUUGCCCUAACCUUGGGCGAAACACCGCCUGACUGCGGCUGCUUAAUAAAUAGCAGAGAGUGGGUCAAGGAGUAAAUUGUAACCUGGUGCACAAAGUAAGCAAACAAGCCAGCGAGCGCGAGUGUUUUGAGUGAGAGGGACAACACGUUCGAAUCAAUGGAGCUCGGCGUUGCUAUCAUAAUUCUAUGCUUUGCAGCUGUUUUUGCUGCGUUCAUGUUACUAGUUUUCGGUCUGAUAUACGCGGAGUUUUCGAACUCCGAGAUACCUCUAGGGGUUGCUCAACCCGGAAAAUUGAGGCUGAUUCACGGACUCUUGGUGGGCAUUGCGGUCCUGGGCCGGAUCUUCCAGAAUAUGGGUCUGUGUACCCAGGUGGGCUUCACGCGCUGGGUCAGCAACACCCUGUUGCGCACAAGUAAGGUGCCCCCCCAGCUCCUGAUCAAAGACCUGACCUUUGCUGGGGUCCCUGUUCGGGUCUACCAGCCCAAAGCGCCCUCCUCUGGCCACCGCAGGGGACUGCUCUAUUUUCACGGUGGCGGAUGGAUGUUAGGAAGCAUUGAUACCUAUGAUGAUUUAUGUAGAUACAUCGCCAAGGAGUCUGCAACUGUGGUGGUCUCUGUUGGGUACCGCCUAUCCCCGGAGCACCGCUACCCAGCACAGCUAGAUGACUGCCUGGCAGCCACCUCUCACUUCCUGGAGGUGGCUGAGGCAGAUUAUGGCGUUGAUCCACGGAAGGUAGCUGUAGGGGGGGAUAGUGCAGGGGGAAACCUGUCGGCCGCACUCUGCCACCGGUUUGUGGAGAACGACCUGCCUCUGCCCUGUGCUCAGAUUUUGAUCUACCCUGUCCUGCAGAUGGCUGACUUCAACCUGCCCUCAUACCAGCAGAACCAGUAUGUGCCUUUGCUGUACAGGACCCGUAUGGGAUUUUACUACCUGCACUAUCUAAACGGGGACACCUCUUUAUUGGAGGACGUGCUGGAUGGACGUCACGUCCCAGUGGAACUUGAACUGAAGUACCGUAAGUGGCUGGGUCCGGAUAAUCUCCCCCCAGAGUUCAAAACUCGUGGCUUUACACCGAGAGCUGUAACCGCCCAUGACGAAGAGGUUUACGAUAUAAUGAAAGAUGCCCUGGAACCCAGCGUGUCCCCACUGCUGGCUUCGGACACAGUCCUCUGUAAAAUGCCGCCCACUUUCAUCUUGACCUGUGAGUUUGACGUGCUGAGAGAUGAUGGGAUACUCUUCAAGAAACGUCUGGAUGACUUGGGGGUGCCGGUCACUUGGUGGCACGUCCAGGACGGUUUCCACGGGAUUGUGAGUUUCUUUGAUAAAGGGUGGCUGACCUACCCAUCCGGUAAACUGGCUCUCGACCACAUUGUCAGCUUUGUCAAGACUCUUUGAUCAGUGCGCAGGGAUUCUAUAGUCGCUACAAUAACUGAUCGAGUUUGACAUGGAUCAUAAUUAUGGUUUUACCCAAAAAAGCCAGAUAUCUGUUUUUCCCUGACCUCAAAUGCAGUUGCCUGCCAUGGUUAUAUGCAACAUAGGCUAGAUAAACUAAAGUAUCUUUAUAGAAGUAAGAGCCAGCGCCAUCUAGUGAUUUGCUACUUUGCAAACAAGUUUCCUUAAGUUUUUUGCACUGAGUGGGGCUGGUCCUUGCUAAUAUAGAGACACUUUGGAAGAUCUAGCCUACAUUAAAUAUGUCUGGCAUGUAACUAGACCGGAUGAGCAGCUCCUAGUCAAAACACAAAUUAUAUCAUUGCAAUAAGAGCCUCUAAGAAUGAUUUGGCAAAUAUCAUUCAAGCUGAAUUAAUUCACCAACCUCCAGCAUUUCUCUGAUGGUAUAAUAUAUUCACAGCCUUCGUUAUUUUUCCCCCCCCCCCUGCAAUUGGAGGUUCAAAUCUUGUCCUUUUGCAUCGGACGCUCAUUCGGUAACUUUCACCAUCAGCGGGAGUUGGGGAGAUCGGACACAGUCCCAGUUGAAAUAAUUUUGCUCUCAGUCUGCUGUUGGUGGAAGUGAACACGAUGUAUUUUAAAUGAAUUCCAUGUCAGUCCUAGUUGCAGAUUGACAUGCAACAUUAGUGUGUGUGGGGAAAUAAAGCCUUUUUUUGCGUGCCUGUUUUUAAAUGAAAACCCUUAAGCAUAAACCCUUAAGCAUAAUUCCUGAUGUAAGUAUCACUAUCUGCUGUAUUAUUGAAUUGUGUUCUGUCACACUUGUACUUUGCUUGAACAAAAGUUAUUGUAUUUAUCUUGCUCUUAUUGUAUUACUUGUAUUGUAACACUUGAAAUGUAUUUGCUUACGAUUGUAAGUCGCCCUGGAUAAGGGCGUCUGCUAUGAAAUAAAUAAUAAUAAUAAUAAUAAAAUUUAGUGAAACUGCAUAAUCCUGCUGUUAUACUAUCGGUUGUGUAUUUCAGUAGCGGUAAUUGAUUAGGGCUGGGGUGGAAAACUGCAGUCCUCAAGGGCUAUUCCAUGUCAGGUUUUAGAGGUUAUCAAUUAAAUGAUUGAUUCAGUUAAGUAAUUAAGGGUAUGAUUGUAUGGAAUAGCUCUCGCACUGCACAACUGGAUUAGACCAUGUGUUGUAGGGUCAGAAACUUACACUAGCCCUGCACCCAGGCCUGGAUUUCAGAAGUACCCUUAUUUAGAGAUCUUAUUGGAAUUAUGAGGUGCUAGCAAUCAGGCCCCUGAUAGAGCUGCUCUGAACUGAUUGCACUUCUCAUCACAGCAUGAAUAAGCACAGUCUGUGGGUUUACUUUUAGGAGUUGUGUGCAGCUGUAGAGGAGGUACACAUUAUUUAACAAGGGUCUAAUUGCAUUGUAUGUAUUUGAGGGUAGUUCAGAACCCAUGACUGGGUACAGGACUAGUGUGAGUUUCUAGCCGAGUUAAGGUGUGAUUUUAAAAUAUUUUUAAACCUACAUUGCAAUUAAUUCUUGUAUUUUUGUAGUUCUGCAUCUCCUGUCAGAAGGGAGAUGUACUGUAUAAGGUACCAGAACGCAUUGAGAGUUCUAAAAUAAUAACACAACUGUCCCAAAGGUCAAAAUGAAUACAUAAGUACAUUUCAUACAGAACAAUAAAGACUUCAUAAUAUUUUGGAUAUUUUCAAAACUUUUCUGGGGAAAAAAAACAAACAAAAUCUGAUUUUAGGAAUUUGACAAGCUUUUAAGUUGUUUUUUACUACUUUAUUAAUCAUUCAGAGGUUGUUUCUCCAUUUUAAAAUGGUGUAUAAGCAUAAUGGGUAAAAAUAAAAAAAUAAUUUUGGUUAACAAUAAA